AUGAGGCGCAGUUUAGCCCCGAGUCAGAUGGCGAAGAGGGUUAAGCGAGAGGAGGACGAUCCGGAGUGGACAGAGGAGCGGAGUCCAGACAGGAAGGCUCUGACCUCACUGAUGACCUCACAGAUGACCUCACUGAUGACCUCACAGAUGACAUCACCGUCCAGCGCCAAAGAUCACGAGCACUUCAUUGCCAGCAUCCUGUCCAGACCCUUUAAGGUCCCGAUCGCAAACUACUCGGGUCCUCUGGGUCUGCGCGCGCUCGGACUGAAGCGCGGCGGACCCAGACGCGCGCUCCAUGACCCGUUUGCAGAGGGCGCGCUGGUUCUGUACACACCACCUCAGCUCAGCGCGCACCAGCAGCUGCACGCCGACAAGGACAAGAUGGAGGUGCACGUGGUGGUCGACCCGCUCCUCGCCAACGUGCUGCGGCCGCACCAGCGCGAAGGCGUGCGCUUCCUGUGGCAGUGCGUGUGCGGGCGCCGUGUGGCGGGCUCGUACGGCUGCAUCAUGGCCGACGACAUGGGGCUGGGGAAGACGCUCCAGUGCAUCGCUCUGCUCUGGACCCUGCUGCGGCAAAGUCCCACCGGGAAACCACACAUCCAGACCGCCAUCGUGGUGUCACCCUCCAGCCUGGUGCGCAACUGGUACAACGAGGUGGUGAAGUGGUUGGGCUCUCGUGUCAAUCCUCAGGCCAUCGAUGGCGGCUCUAAAGCUGACAUAGAUGCUCAGAUUUCUCGUUUCCUGUCUCAGCGUGGCGUCCGCGUGGCCACGCCCCUCCUCAUUAUCUCCUAUGAGACGUUUAGACUCCACGCCACGGCCCUGCACCGCGGAUCAGUGGGACUCAUCAUCUGUGACGAGGGACACAGACUGAAGAACGCAGACAACCAGACCUACCAGGCCCUGAACGCCAUGAAAGCACAGGGACGAGUGCUCAUCUCAGGGACCCCGAUCCAGAACGACCUGCUGGAGUACUUCAGCCUGGUGCACUUUGUGAACGCCGGGAUCCUGGGCACUGCCACCGACUUCAAGAAGCGUUUUGAGACUCCAAUUCUCAAGAGCCGGGACGCGGACGCCAGCGACAAGGAGCGCGCGGCCGGAGCAGAGAAGCUAACCGAGCUAAUCACCAUCGUCAACCGCUGCCUCAUCAGGAGAACCUCCGACAUCCUGUCCAAGUACCUCCCCGAGAAGGUCGAGCAGGUGGUGUGCUGCCGGCUCACUCCCCUCCAGACACGCCUCUACGAACACUUCCUGCAGCAGAACAACCCGGUGGAAAAACUACAGGACGAGAAGAUCAACGUGUCGUCUCUGUCCUCCAUCACCACACUGAAGAAACUGUGCAACCACCCAGCGCUGGUCUACGACAAGUGUGUGAGCGGAGAGAGAGGCUUUAGAGGUGCGCUGGACCUCUUCCCCUCGUCCUUCGACCCUCGCUGCCCUCAGCCUCAGCUCUCCGGUAAGAUGCUGGUUCUGGACCUGAUCCUGGCCUUCACCAAAAGCACCACGAGCGACAAAGUGGUGCUGGUGUCCAACUACACGCAGACGCUCGACCUGCUGGAGGUGCUGUUCCGCAACAGGAAGUACACGUACGUGCGACUGGACGGAGCCAUGUCCAUCAAGAAGAGAGCCAAGAUGGUGGAGCGCUUCAACCGGCCGGACAGCGGGGACUUCAUCUUCAUGUUGAGCAGUAAAGCUGGGGGCUGUGGCCUCAACCUGAUCGGCGCAAACCGUCUGGUGAUGUUCGACCCGGACUGGAACCCGGCCAACGACGAGCAGGCCAUGGCACGGGUUUGGAGGGACGGCCAGAAGAAGAGCUGCUUCAUCUACCGCCUGCUGUCCACCGGGACCAUCGAGGAGAAGAUCUUGCAGCGGCAGAGCCACAAGAAGGGGCUGAGCAGCGCCGUCGUGGACCAGAAGGGGCCGAGCAGUGCCACAGGAGAGGCCCAGGCUGAGGUCCAGGCUGAGGUCCAGGCAGACACGCUCUUCUCUCUGGGGGAGCUGCGUGAACUCUUCAGCCUGAACCAGAACACGGUCAGCGACACGCACGAGCGCCUCAAGUGCCGGCGCUGUGUGAACGGGGCCCAGGUGCAGCGCCCCCCUCUGGACGCAGACUGUAACAGCAGCCUCGCACACUGGCACCACACCACCCAAAGGAAACACCUCAGCGACCAUGUGCUCAAGAUGUCCUGGGAGCCCGCGGUCAGCUUUGUGUUCCACCAGCAGGCGCACAUCAAGGACUGA